AUGGGUGGUUUAUUAUAUAAUGCAAUAAAAAAAAAAGGAUAAGAUAAACUAAAAACAAGUGCCUAAAAUCUCUGGGCACUUGAAGCUGUUGACAUUGAUGGAUUUACUAUUCUAGCAUUUCCCGCUAACUAAUUUAUGAGUCAAGAACCUUGGGAUCCUCCAUAAAUUAAAGAUUUUGUAAUAACUAAAUUCGGAGUAGAUUUUCCAUUAUUUGGAAAAGUGGAUGUAAAUGGAGAAAAUUCUCAUGAAGUUUAUAAAUAUUUAAGAAAUAAUAGUUGUUUAUAUGAUCCUGCAACAGAAAAAGCUAAAAACAUUCCUUGGAAUUUCGGAAAGUUUUUAAUAAAUAAAGAAGGAAAAGUUCAUAGGUUUUAUACUCCUAAAGAAAUGCCUAAUGAAAUGAUUCCUGAAAUAGAAAAAUUAUUAUAAUGAAAAAAAAAAAUUAUAAAUAUAUAUAGAGAUAAAUAAAGAAUAUUUACGAAAGCAAAUUAUAUAAAAUGAUUGUAUAUUCAAAAAAAAAAAAAUGAAUUUACAUGAAAAAUAUAUUUAAUUUUGUUUUAUCUAAAUUCUUUAUUGUUUUAUUUAUAAUAUAAUAUUCAUUU